GCGACAUAACGGGCCGGUGUGUUGACGCGUGCGCACGUUUAACGAGCGCUAGUGUUGUGAUCACGUUGUAGUGUUGUGAAUCGUGUUGCAUAUCCAGGAUACAUUCAGGUGCAAUAUAGCUGGUGGCCAGUGAUUGGAAUUUCUUGUAUCAAAUAUUUUUUCACAUACAACAGCUACGAGGCAUCUGAAUAAUUUAUCUAAGAUGAAGCCGUAGAAGGAAGCAUAGUAUGGGCCAGGCAGGCAGCCAGCCGGGCGCGGAGCAGCGCGCCCGGCGAGCCCACACGCUGCCUCAUGAGCCACUGCGACACGCACCGAAGGUAUUACCGGUACUUACGGAGUCACCACGAUUGCGGAGCACGGACAAUGGAGCUAUUUUGCAUUCGGGUGGGACCAUCAGCGGACGUAGACCUGGUUCGCUGCUGCAAGAGAACUCCAGAUUACCACACGGCCAUGUGCAUUCGAACGUGUACAGAUCAAGGUCUGCGGGAGUUUCCGGUGAGAGUGAUAUCAGAUCGAGAGAAAGAGAUCCUCUACACCGAUCUCAUACGAAUCUCGACCUUAGGCAUAAUGAAGCGAAUAAUUUGAAUAAACGAUUCGGAUCUGAGCCAGACCUUAGGAUAGAAGAAGAGCAACAGAAACCUAGGUGUAAUAAUAAUAAAAAUUUUCGUAAAAAAUAUCGAGCACCCCCACCACCGAGCAACGAUUAUCGAGAAGGUUCUUCGCCAGAUUCCAGCGCAGGGAACGCGAAAAUCGAACCGCAAAGAAACCUUAGGUUAUUCAGAACUAGAAACGAGACCAAAAAACUUAAUGGCCACGUUGAUUCAAAGAUCCCAGUAUAUAAAAAUACUUAUACUGACUUCAAAUCUUUAGACUUUAACGACCACUUUGAAAGAAGGUAUAAAUCACCUUUUAAAGAUAAAGAGCCGUGUUUCAGUUAUGUGGAUAAUAAAGACAUGGUCCAAAGCACGACUUCACUGAAAAAAGAGGAACGAUUACUUCAACCGAAACAAGACUAUAGAAAAACAAGGACAGACAGAAUAAGUGGAUGUAGAGCAAAAACUUCGAAGACUAGCGAACAAAGUGAAGCGUGGAAAACGCCUCUUUUGAACAGAAACUUCAGACAUUCUGAAAGAUUCAAAAAGGAUAAUAAUGAACAACCUUUGUUAAGAAGAGAGAAGACUUUCGACGAAACUCUUACAAUUAGUGAAAGAAAAAAUGAGUCACCUAGAGCUUUACACGAAAAAAAAAUUAAAGCUAUAGGCGAAGAAUUAAGUAACAAAUUAAGCCCGUUGGGCCAAAGAAACCAGCCUUUGAGGAAAUCUCUUCCUUCAUUACUAAGUAAAGGUAACGAAGAAAAAGAUGAGUUUCAAGAAGAACUAAAGAAGGCGACCAGUAGGAUAAGAAAAGAGUUAGGAAGUAAAUUAACUGUAAGCGAAAAUAAACCUAGUCAAAACGAUAAAACGAGUACGCAGAAACCAAACCCAACGAAAUCGGUAACACAGAGCAAAGUCACAGAAUCUAGUCUUAAAUCAUCAACUAAUAAACAAGAUUCUAAACCCGCCAUUAAUAAUAUCAAUAGAAGGCCAUUAAGAAUAAAUGAAGCUAAACCUAAAGCGACCCCGCAAAACAAAAUCAACAAGAUAAACGAAGUCAGUAAAUAUAAAUUUGAAAGUAAAGAAGAUAUGAGUUCGAUGCCAGAUAGGGGGCAAGCGUCAGGGAAGGAAUCGACUCCUGAACAUUCACCUACAAGAAAGAGAGAGAACACAAAUACUGUCGUUCAAGAAAAACAAAGGCCAACACCAUCCAAGCAAUUUUAUUUUGGCAUGAUUGAGAGUAAAAAAAUGGAACCUCAAGACCACUUAAAAGACUUCCCUGGUCUUGGAAGUCCUAUUAUUGAAGAAUUAAGUAAUUUCCAUCUAAUAGAGAAGAAACUUUUAGGAUACCACGAAGAAGAUGAGAUGGAGAAAUUCAACGAAAAACUCAAAGAAGAUUGUAAAAGAAAUUUAUCAUCAGAAUCAGCUCUAUCAUCCGACGGGUCAGAAGGGGAAGGAUCAGACGGUUCUCUGGGCAUUGCAUUAAGGUUACGACCGACCUUGCCUAAGAAACUACCCAACACAUCACGUUUCUCUCCAGCGGCUGCUUGGAGACAGCUCGCCAGCCUGGAUGCACAUCUUGCCGAAAGCCAACCAUUAGCCGUAGAAACAAAGAUGUCAGCCGACGUAUCAGCAGAGUCAUCUCCUAGAUCGGAGCAAUCAGCCGAUAAAUCUGGUGACUCGGGAAUAUCUGGAGACCACGGUCACAGCGAUCAUAGGAUAGACUCGCCCAGACAUGCAGUUGAUCAAGCAGCAACCUGGACGCCUCAGCAGGACCUGGGCGACAGCAGCUCGGACGGCGCGGGACAGGAGCUGUCCGCCGUCACGUACAGCCCCGCACAGACCUUCAGCCUCAGCCUGCCGCGGGACCAGGACAAAUUUAAAGGAGUUUCGUGCUUCUACGAAUGCUUCCAGGGCAAACCGCUGCAGCAAGGCUUCAACAGUCUCCAGAAACUUCGGAAAUCUGUGUCUGGUGCACUAGGAGCCGCGUUGGGGGCUAGAAGAUUCGAUCUGGAACACGAGCCUAUGUUAGAAGAACCAGAACAAAAUUGGUUCCUAACAAAAUCCGCUCCAAAUUCUUUAAGCAACCCAUUGCUAUACCACCAACCGCUAAGAACUAAAAUUUCUGAGGAUAACGGAAAAGAAGAACCUGCUUUGUCUUCUGAAAAGGGUCAAGAAGAAGGAAACAGAUGGCGAAACAGUUCCUACAUGAACUGGGGGGGACAUGUUAUGUAUCUGCCACCGGCGCCUGGGCUCGACCAGCCACUGUCGUUGCCGAACACGGAGAGGCCUAUUAGGAGCAAGUCGAGUGGCUGCCUCGAGGCGUCGGCGCGGGCGGCGCGCGCGGCGCUGGCGGGGGAGAUGCGCGAGCGAGAGCGCUCCGCCUCGCCCGACGUCGCGCGAGCCUUGCCCGCCCGAGUGGAGCCGGCGGUCGCGCGUAACGCAAACGCUGGCCGAGGCAAGCGGUUCACAUUCCAGUCGACUGUCAGACAACUAGAGAGGCGACGUCUGGCUGAGAAGUUGUCUCGCGAGGCAGACCUUAAAGAGCAACAGAGACGAACAGAGCUGGAGGCCAUGAGGAGAGUGGAAGAAGAGUUCCAGCGAAAGAGGGCGAGAGAAAAGGCGAAUAUUCGUCAGCAGCUGCGAUUGGUCAGUAGUGGAGCUACCAGCCUACCAGUUGCCGCCCAUCAAAAUAAGACGAGAGAUGAGCCAGAUGGAUCGUGUCGCGAAUCACCGGCUCCCGAGCGAGCGCGCGACGGCAAACAGAGGCACAGCAACGCGUCCUCUGAGGGCAGCGGGAGGAGUAAAAGUUCAACACCGAUUCGUUGCGUGGAGCUGUCGGAGUGGCGCACAGAGAACGGCGCGCGCGUGUACCGCGACUGGGCCGUGCAGGCCGCGCUCGCGCACGCACACCCGCCCGCCUGCGCGCGCAUGCCCUCCGCGCACCACUACACCGGCGGCGAGGGCGAGGCGUUCAGCGGCAGCCCGCGCUCCGACAACUACCGGCUGGAGUUCGCCCGCGGGCGCUCCCCGCGCACCCCGCGCGCCCCGCGCCUGCUGGCCGCGCGCUCGCCCGCCUCCUCCUCGUCCGGCUCCGACCUGUCGCUGCGCCAGCCCAUCAAGAUCAGGUGGUGAUACCAGUAUCAUGUAUUAACUAGACUAGCGCCAUGAAAACGAGAACCCACUAAAGAAGAAGAUGCAGAGGAACCCGCCAUUGUACCCACUCUCCGGCCGUCGGGCCCCUCACGCUCCUCUGUCGCCAUUCGCUAACCUAGCCUAGCAGCCUAGCAGAGCCGAUGUAUCUCUCAUAUGAACAAAAAAUAUCAAAUUGUUUAAAAAUAGGACAAAAACGACAUUUGACUUUGGACCUCUCAAACAAUAAUAAUACUUAGUGGUUUUUAAAUUAUGUCACCAUUUAGUUUAUCUCUCGAAUAUAAUGUAAAUGUAUCGUAAAUAUUAGACUUCUAGGUUAUGAUCGUCAAUGCAAUAACCGUCUUCCGUUUAUAAGCGAAAUAUUGAAGCUUUAAUCUAGACUUAACUGUAUCCUUACUAACUUCUAGAAAUAAGGAAGGUGCUAAGUAAAUUUAAAUUAUUCGCUAAGUACUGUAUAUUUUCUGUCAUUUUAUUCAAUAUAUAGAAGUAUAGAGAAUAUUCAAAAAUAUCGUUGCACAAUAAAGAAGACACAAGUCAUCGUGAACACAAAUAACAUGGGCGCAGUAUAAAGUGGGUUAACAGCACCGAGCUACGCCUAAUGAUCGGUCACAUCGAUUUCCACUUUUGUAUGUGAACACACCUUUAAAUUGAUAGGAACGAAACUUGUCAAACAUACAUCAAUAAUGAAAUAUAAUGAAUUAGGCCUCGAACUAUAUUAAAUUGAAUAUUGGUACUAUUCGAAGUGCUAAAACCAUUUUAUACUGUGUGUAAUGUUAAAACUAUUAAAAAAAAUGAUGGCUGGUUGUCUAUUUUAGAGUGAUGAACAUUAAUUUUAAAAAAUUGGCCAAAUCACAUUACAUGUUGGUUCCAGAUAUGGAUGCAUUAUUUCUAAAAAAUAAUUCUUUGGUGCAAUAUUUUUACAAUAAAAGCAAUAUUAAACUGGCCCAUACCAUUCAGUGCUGCCUGUUAAAAGUAAUAUUAAAAAUAAAAUAUAUUAUCGUGUAAUGCUCAAUUUAAAUUUAAUUAUUUCUGUAAUGAUUUUUAUAUACAUAAAUAAUACAAAAUUAAUAUAUUAUAUACAUAUGAUUUUAACAAGUGACGAGCAUAAGCAUUAGAUAGACUUUAGUUAGAAAAAAUGAGAACAAUAAUAAAAAUAUAUUGGGAUUUCUAAAUAGUAAUAAUACUAAUGUUAAAUUUGACGUGUGAUUUAUGCCAGUUACACGAAUCGAUUAAGUAUAAUUAAUUUUAUUUGUGUUAAAGCACAGAUAAAAUAAAACAACCUCAUCUAAUGUGAGUGCUCGUAUUAACAGAUAAUAUAAUAUUGAAUAGGUAUUAUUUUAAUAUAUUAAUCAUUAGGUACUAAAAUUAAUGGAACGCUAUAUUCAUUAAUAUUAAGUUUUGUAAAUAAACACGAAUGGUGCAUGUAAAUUUGUGAAGAUGUUGAUUAUUAAAUUGUAAUAAACAUUGGUAUUUUAAAAA